AUGGAGUGCAAUUCUUUCAUCUGGAUUCUAUGGCUCUGCGGCUGGUGGGGCUUAGGGAAGUUGGCUUUGGGAGACGUGGGUCCUUAUGUGCUCUCCCUCAGCUUGGCCUCGCACUUCCGGAUCCCACCUCCCUUCGGGCAAGUCCCUCCCUUGCUGGAUCUACUGAUGACCUACCUCGUUGGCCACAGCAGCUUUUAUGCCUGCGGCUUCUGUGGCAUCUUUUUCUUCACCUCGCACUCACGACCUUGCUGGCUCCUCUCCGCCGUGUCAUGCGCUGCGGCCAGCAUGCGACGCUGGCGCGCUGCGUCACAGCUAAAGUUAAAGUGGCAGCCGCAGCCGCGACCACCCCAGCCCUGGCUGACGCUGCUGAAUCCCUACCUCUACAUCUUCUUCUCCGAGGUGCCUGGAAAGAACAUGCAGGCUCCAAUCCGCCUCGAGCAGAUCCAGCCUUCAUCGCUCCAAGCACCCAUCGACAUCUGGUGGCCGGGAGUUCCGGCGCCGAGGGAUGGAUACCCCGUGCUGUUCCUGAUCCAUGGCGGUGCCUGGCGCGGUGGCCACCGGCGCUGCUCGCCACAAGCACCAGUCCUCCAAGCCCUUGCAGCUGAAGGAUUCCUGAUCGUCAGCUGCGAGUACCGGCGGCGAGGUGCACAAUGGCCAGCACAGCUGGAGGACUGUAAGGCUGCGCUCGAGUGGCUCGAUAAGGAGGGACCUACAUUGGGGGCUGACUUGUCGGACGUCUCCAUUGCCGGUACCUCUGCUGGGGGUCAUCUCGCGGCACUACUUCUGGCCAGCGGCGCUUCUCCUCUCCGGUUCCGAGCUGCGCUGCUCUGCUACCCGGCCGUCGAUCCGGCAGAUCGCGUCGGUGCCUGGCCACCCACUUUGAUCAUCCACGGCGAGUUAGAUGGUAUAGUCCCGGUGGAGCACAGCCGCCACUUCUUGACACAGCUAGCAGUCAGGGCCGGUGCUAGAAAGCAGGGAGGACAGGAGUGGCGCAGUCAGGAUCAGCUGUUCGCUGUCCCUCUGUCUCGGCAUUCUUUCGAGAUCGCCACCGGCGAUCUAGCGGCAGCUUCCUUCGAUGCUGCGAUCGGUUGGCUUACCCGCACGCAAAAAAAGCCAUAUAGAGCACCGGCACAUAUAUCCUGA